CGAAUAACAGUUACCACAAAGUCAAUUUAUAAAGUCGAUGUCCUGCCGCCUCGUCGGCCAGUCUCGGAGGCACAUCGCGAGCCCCGCGGAGCAUCGUCAUUCAAAUCCUCGCCUUCGAUGCGGCACUACCGCUCCCAAAAAUUUCGAAAAAUUCAGUUUUGGUACAUACCGUGUUUAAUUGUAAUUCGAAGCACGGUUAGUGCCUAGGCCGUCCGCCGCGUCGCGCCACUGACACAUUUCUGUUGUAUCGCGCGCCGUUUGAAUUUAGAAUAGUUUUUCAUUUGUUUUUUUUUUCGAAUCGGUGUUUUCUGACAAUAUUGUGCCAGUACCACGUGGUCUCUGUUCGGGAGUAUAGUGUUUUUGGAACGCCGUGAAGGUUCAUUUCCUUGGAUUUUAUUUAUGAUGGAGAUGAGAAGGUACAAAUCAAGUCGGACUUCUUUCCUUACGUAUUGGAUUUUUCUACUGCAAAUGUUGGGCAGUGCUCGUCGCGGCGCCGAGGGUCACGGAAGACUGAUGGACCCCCCAGCGCGGAACUCUAUGUGGCGGUUUGGAUUCCCCAACCCUGUCAACUAUAACGACAAUGAGCUGUUUUGUGGUGGAUACGCCGUUCAAUGGGAGCAGAACGAAGGAAAAUGCGGUGUAUGUGGCGACGCCCAUCAUCUCUCGGAGCCGCGACCGCACGAGGCUGGGGGCAUGUACGCUAAGGGUAUAGUCACCAGACAUUAUAGUGUGGGUCAGGAAAUCGAGAUAGAAGUGGAGUUAACGGCGAACCAUCUCGGAACCUUCGUGAUGAAGAUGUGUCCGAACAACAAUCCCAAACAAGAGGCCAGCCAGGAGUGUUUCGAUAGAUAUCCGCUGUAUAUAUCCGAGACGCGAGACGACAGGUUCUUGAUCCCGCUGGACACUGCCAAGAAGGAGAUAUUCAGGUACCGCGUCCGGCUGCCACCCUACGUGACGUGUACGCAGUGCGUUUUACAAUGGACCUAUUAUACUGGCAACAUGUGGGGCAUUUGUCCCAAUGGCACGGAAGCUGUCGGCUGCGGUCGUUCGGAAACCUUCAGGAACUGCGCUGACGUGAGCGUUGUGACUAGCACCGGUGGUUUGCCACCUGCCUUCGCCGGUGACCUUCGCAUCGACUAUCCAUUCCUGCUGUACUACCGCGAUAUCCAGAUGCCACAGAACGUGUAUCCUCUUGUCGUCAGAGAGCCAAAAGACACGCAAUUGGAAUCCUACGUUGUUAGCAACGAUAUUGACUCUGAGUCUCAGGAGGAAUUCGUUCCGCCGGUCAUUAGGGAUCAAGUGUGUGUACCGACGGACCUCUUCCGCAAGCUGCCUGGUAUGCUGAGCUGGUGUCAGACCAACUGUCUCCGGUAUCCACCCAACUGCCCCGAAGCGCUUUGUACCUGCCCGCAAACGUGCGAAGCUGUAGGUGAGUAUAAGGGUCGGGAAGGCGCAGAUGUGUACUGCAUGGACCUCUGCAUCGUGUAUCCACCCAAGUGUCCCACCAACAAGUGCCGCUGUUAUUAGCAUAGUCAGAACAAGGCGACAGUAUCAGCAAAAUUAGACCCUAUGUUGUAACUAUCUCAGUUUAAUUGUUUACCCUGCUUUUAGGGUAGGCAGGUAAAAAAUAUUUGACCGGAAAGCAUGUAAAAAGUUACGCUUAAGCCUGUUUUACUUAAAACAUCUACGUACAAAAUAAUGGUAAUCAAUAUGGUAUUAUGUAAAAAUUUCCACAUUUGAAUGUUUACAUUUUUUUACUGUCGCCAAUUUUUUUUCCCAAAUGUCUCAAACAUUUGAUUGUAAAAACUCUUGAAAUUACUAAUUACGUUUCGAAUUUUAUUUCUAUAACACCGAUGUACCAUUUAUUUUGAAUUGAGCCCUUGUAUAUUAUGAAAUAAAAAAACUUGACCAUAUUAUGUUUUAAAUAAAAUCAUCAAUGAUUAAUUAACUUUUUUGACAAAAUAAUUAACGCGGUGUUUGUAUAACGAAGUGGUAUUAAAAUAAAUGACUGACAACAAAUUACUAGACCACCUUAGUUAGAAACUUUACCACUUCUGAAUAGCGUCGACUCAAUACUCUGAUAUAAUUAAUCGAUAGGUACUUACCUGUUCAAAUAUAACUUAUCAACAUAAAGUUAUAUUUGUUUGUAUAUUAUAUGUAAAACGUAUUUGUCUAUAUCAUUUUUUCUUAAUGAAUUUAAGCAUUGUACAGUAAUAGGUUAUGUAAGUCCAAAAGUCAUGUAAAAAUAUCAAACUAAAACAAAUACGAAAAUUGUAUAGUGCCGCGAUGGCGUCAAUAUUUUGCCAUAUUAGUAUCUAAUCGAUAAACAGAUGCCAGAUGUAAUUGUAAGUAAAAAUAAUGUGUUUGAAUCAUUAUUUUUGUAAAAUAAAAUCGUAUGUAAUUUGUAA